GUAAGGUUUUAUAAAAUCUCGAAAUCAAAGUAUCCGCUUUAGUUGUUUACCUUACAAUCUUCAUUCAUGUUGAGAUUGGUCUUAUUAGAUAAUAAGCAUUGAUAACUUUUCAUCUUUAAGAGUAGCUGUAGACGCUGUAAAAGACACAGAAUGGAAUCAGCAAAGAUAUUCAAAACAGUUGAUACUAAAGUGGUUGUCGAAGAAGCCCUAAAAGUAUUGAAAGAUAACAACUUAAUAGAAGAUUUCCCAAAGUAUGAGGCCAAGAUAAUGGAUUUAUUAGAGGAGGGAGCAAAAACAGAAGAAAGACUAACGAAAGAAAUGCUGGAUAUGGUUGGUAAAAAAUCAGCCGAUGAUGUCGAAAAAGAAAUGUCAACCAUUAUUGGUCAGGAUAGGGUAGACGUGAUCAAGAAGGCGUUCAGCAUUGAAACAUACCGAAUGAAACUGGUCAAAAAGUCAAAUGGCCAGACGGUUGUAGAGGUACAUCGAGGUGGAGCAAAAUUCAUACCAGAAAUAAAUCUUGCAACAAUUCAAGAUGUUGAAAUUGCAGAUGUUUUACAGUGGGCGAGCAUAGCAGUUGAAAUAUUUAUGUUGGUCUUAAGCUGUGUGGAUAUUGCUGUGGAUUUAAGCGAAGCUGCGAUUAGAGAAAUCACUAAAGAAGUAGAAGAUAUUGUCCGACAACCGGCAUUUCAACAGGCGCUCAAUAAAUUUAAAGAUGAAUGGAACCGAGGUGGUACUUGGAGAAGAGCUGAGGCUAUUUUCGUUUUUCUCAAAGAAACAUUCGAACUUACUUCUUUCUGGCGGAUCAUCAAACUUCUUUUGAACAAGAAUAUUUCUACAUGGGAAAAGAUAAAAGAUGUUGCCGAGGUUGCACUUAUGAUUGUUUAUGCACUUGCAACUGAAGGGAUAGCAUUGAUAUCAAAAAUAGCCGUUGUUGUUGACCAUGCAUUAAAAUUGGCAGAGAAACUAGCCAAUAUCGCCGAAUUUGCCGAAUUCAAGAAGACUCUCGAAUGACAUUGAUCAGACAAGAUUUUUUUAAAUUCUAGCCUAACUUCAUAAUUACCAUAAAAGAUGUUCUAUACUAAUGUUAACGAGGCCGGAAUAAGGUACUGGUAUUUGAUGUAUAUAUUAACAAAUGUAAAUAUGUUAAUAAAACUUAGUUUUAAUGAAAAAAAAGUAUCAUUUUGUUCUUUAAAAGAAUAAAAUUUUAAAUUCAUCUUCAUUGAAGUCCAAGCUCCACAGAAAGUCAUAUAAUAAAAAAAUAUUGCAUAACCACAUUACAACUUAAGGAUUCUCAGUCUGAACAUUUGAAGUUCCCUACUAUGUAUUGGUUAAACUACACAAAACCCAGUAAUCUAUCAUUUCAUCUCGGCCUCUAGUAAGUGUUCGGCAAUUAUUUUUGCACUGCUUUCAAAAGGUUCCUUAAUGAAUGUUUUAGACAAAUCAAGAAUUUGUAUAGUUAGAACAAGGAUUUGUAAAGUUGUCUAACUAUACAAAUCCUUGGGAUAUGCAAGUACUCGGCCACGUCCAAUCUGUGUAGUAUUUCUAUUUGUAUCCAUCUGAUAAGUAACGCCUUUUUCAACUCAAUUGUAGCUCACCUGGCCUAAAAGGCCAAGUGAGCUUUUCCCAUCACUUGGCGUCCGUCGUCCGUCGUCGUCGUCGUCGUCGUCCAUCGUCGUUAACUUUUACAAAAAUCUUCUCCUCUGAAACUACUAGGCCAAAUUGAACCAAACUUGGUCACAAUCAUCAUUGAUGUAUCUAGUUUAAAGUUUUUUUUUUGACCCGGCCAACCAUCCAAGAUGGCCGCCAUGGCUAAAAAUAGAACAUAGGGGUAAAAUGCAGUUUUUGGGUUAUAACUCAAAAACCAAAGCAUUUAGAGCAAAUCUGACAUGGGGUAAAUUUGUGUAUCAGGUCAAGAUCUAUCUGCCCUGAAAUUUUCAGAUGAAUCAGACAACCCAUUGUUGGGUUGCUGCCCCUAAAUUGGUAAUUUUAAGGAAAUGAUACUGUUUUUGGUUAUUAUCUUGAAUAUUAUUAUAGAUGGAGAUAAACUGUAAACAGCAAUAAUGUUCAGUAAAGUAAGAUUUACAAAUAAGUCAACAUAAUCAAAAUGUUCAGUUGACCCCUAUAGGAGUUAUUGCCCUUUAUAGUCAAUUUUUAACCAUUUUUCGUAAAUAUCCAUGAUCUUUUACAAAAAUCUUCUCCUUUGAAACAACUUGGCCAAAUUAAUCCAAACUUGGCCACAAUCAUCAUUAAUGUAUCUAGUUUAAAAAUUGUGCUUUAUGACCCGGCCAACCAACCAAGAUGGCCACCAUGGCUAAAAAUAGAACAUGGAGGUUAAAUGCAGUUUUUGGUUAUUACUAAAAAAACCAAAGCAUUUAGAGCAAAUCUGACAAGGGGUAAAAUUGUUUAUCUGGUCAAGAUCUACCUGCCCUAAAAUUUUAAGAUGAAUAAGACAACUCGUUGUUAGGGUGCUGCCCCUAAAUUGGUAAUUUUAAGGAAAUUUUGCUGUUUUGGUUAUUAUCUUGAAAAUUAUUAUAGAUAGAGAUAAACUGUAAACAGCAAUAAUGUACAGCAAUUUAAGACUCAAAAAUAAGUCAAAAUGACCAAAAUGGUCAAUUGACCCCCUAAGAAGUUAUUGUCCUUUAUAAUCAAUUUUUAACAAUUUUCAUAAAAUUUGUAAAUUUUUACUAACAUUUUCCACUGAUAGAGAUAAUUGUAAGCAGCAAGAAUGUUCAGUAAAGUAAGAUGUACAAACACAUCACAAUCACCUAAACACAAUUUUGUCAUGAACUGUCUGCUUCCUUUGAUUUAAUUCACAUAUACCAAGGUGAGCGACACAUGCUCUUUAGAGCCUCUAGUUUUUAAGUUCGUUCUUAUGUUAUACAGUUACACCAUUGUCCCAGGUUAGAGGAUAAUUGGGAUCCCGCUAACAUGUUUAACCCACAACGUUCUGUAUGUAAGUGUCUGUCCCAAGUUGCAACCGUUAGCAGAGACAUAUAAAUACAUUUAGUAUACAUGUCUCUGCCGUUAGUAAACUUGAGAUCUGUUGUCAGACUAUAACAAAAUAAAGUUCAAUUAAUUCUCAAUGUCAUAUUAUAAAUUUAUAUAAAAAAAACUGAGCUUACAUCAAUAGAUAUAAACAAUUCAUCAAAGUUUCAUGAGAAUUGCUGAGAGAAGUUUUGAGUUAUUGUCCGAAAACUGGUAAAUUCUCCCUUUUGAAUGAAUAAAACCCCCAGUAACUCAUACAUGUAAAAUGUAAAAUAUAUCAAAUUAUAAAGGAUGCUUAAAUCAAUAGUUAUAAACAAUUCACCAUAGUUUUACCAAGACUGCUGAAAGCAUUUUUGAAGGUUUUUUUUCUUUCGAAAACUGGAAAAUCACCCUUUUUAUGAAUAAAACCCUGUAACUUGGAAACGUACACUCAAACAUUUAUAACUUGAAAAUCAAAAGGGAUCUCAUGUCAAUAGAUUUAAACAAUUCACCACAAUUUCUUGAAAGGUUGUGAAAGCGUUCUUGAGUUAAUUUCCAAAAACUGGAAAAUCAUUCGGGUUUUUUUAAAGAAUAAAACCCAACAACUCAAAAACGUAAAAUCUAAAAUUUAUAAAAACGAAAGGGAGCUCACGUAAAUAGAUAUAAAUAUGGUGACCUUCUGCUGUUGUUUUUUUAUUUGGUCGGGUUGUUGUCUCUUUGACACAUUCCCCAUUUCCAUUCUCAAUUUUAUAAACAAUUCAUGAAAGUUUUAUGCAAAUUUGUUUAAGUGUUUUUGAGUUUACCGGUAAAUAAGAAAUAUCUGAGUUUAGGAGCUAGUUACAUAAAUAAAAUAUAAAUAUUUUAUUGGCACAAACACAAUUACAAUAAUUGGCAAUGGCCCAUACAACUGUUAUACAAAUAGUAAUAAUGCAUAGAAUAUCAAUAGGCAUAUUUCGAACAAUAUCAUCGAACGAUAUCAAUAUCAUCAACAGUAAAUGAUUAAAAAAAGAUAUAUCAAUAUAUGUUACAUUAAAUGGGAGAUAACUCUCCUCUUUUUCGCGGGAAUUUAAGAUGAAAAGUGAAAGUAGAUUUUUUUCAUUUUCUGGAAACUAUAUUGAACUUUGCACUUUUUGAGAAAUAUGGAAAAGAAGAAGCAAAGGACAAAGAUACAAGUAUUUUAGUUCCUGUUGCAGUAUAUUUAUCAAAUGAAAAUCUAACAUUCCGUUGGUCUUUGAAAUUGAGACAGGAUCCUUUAAAAAGGAAGUAGUUGACUCUUAACAUUCUUUCAAUAAUGUUUACCUGUCCAAGUUCAAGUUGUGGAAGUGAAGUCAGUCAAGGACAGAAAUACUGUGGAGAAUGUGGUUCAAAAAUAGAUCUCAGUAUUUAUUUAAAGACUGCAGUUAGUAUUUGUCAAGGACAAAAGAGUGAUGGAACACAGUGUGGGACAGAGUUAACAACAGCAUUGAAAUUCUGUCCAAAAUGUUCCCCACAAGUACAAAAAGAUAUAAAUGAACAAGCUGAUAAUGUUGAUCCUGAUGGAUCAGGCCAAGGACAAGUUUACAAUGCUUCUCUCCAGGGGAGUAUUAAUAUUACUAAAGAGGCUGUCAGUAAAUCAGAUACUUAUGAUGCUCAGACAACACUGAACAGUUCACAAUCAAAUCCAAAAAAUAUGGCUGGAGGACUUGCAUCAGGUGACAUUUCACAACCAAAUCCAGCAAGUAUGCCACAAGGACAAGUAACAACUGACAGUUCACAGCCAAAUUCAGCAAGUAUGCCACAAGAUCAAGUAACAACUGACAGUUCACAACCAAAUCCAGCAAGUAUGUUACAAGGACAAGCAACAACUGACAGUUCACAACCAAAUUCAGCAAGUAUGCCAGGAGGACAAGUAACAUCUGACAGUUCACAACCAAAUUCAGCAAGUAUGCCAGGAGGACAAGUAACAACUGACAGUUCACAACCAAAUCCAGCAAGUAUGCCACAAGGACAAGUAACAACUAACAGUUCACAACCAAAUUCAGCAAGUAUGCCACAAGGACAAGUAACAUCUGACAGUUCACAACCAAAUUCAGCAAGUAUGCCAGGAGGACAAGUAACAACUGACAGUUCACAACCAAACCCAGCAAGUAUGCCACAAGGACAAGUAACAACUAACAGUUCACAACCAAAUUCAGCAAGUAUAACACAAGGACAAGUAAUAACUGACAGUUCACAGCCAAAUUCAGCAAGUAUGCCACAAGGACAAGUAACAACUGACAGUUCACAGCCAAAUUCGGCAAGUAUGCCACAAGGACAAGUAACAACUCACAGUUCACAACCACAUUCAGCAAGUAUGCUAGGAGGACAAGUAACAACUGACAGUUCACAACCACAUUCAGCAAGUAUGCCAGGAGGACAAGUAACAACUGACAGUUCACAACCACAUUCAGCAAGUAUGCCAGGAGGACAAGUAACAACUGACAGUUCACAACCACAUUCAGCAAGUAUGCCAGGAGAACAAGUAACAACUGACAGUUCACAGCCAAAUUCAGCAAGUAUGGCACAAGGACAAGUAACAACUGACAGUUCACAACCACAUUCAGCAAGUAUGCCAGGAGGACAAGUAACAACUGACAGUUCACAACCACAUUCAGCAAGUAUGCCAGGAGGACAAGUAACAACUGACAGUUCACAACCACAUUCAGCAAGUAUGCCAGGAGGACAAGUAACAACUGACAGUUCACAGCCAAAUUCAGCAAGUAUGCCACAAGGACAAGUAACAACUAACAGUUUACAACCAAAUUCAGCAAGUAUGCCAGGAGGACAAGUAACAUCUAACAGUUCACAACCACUUUCAGCAAAAAUGGCUGGUGGACAAGAAUCAGCAAACAGUUCACAACCAAAACCAAGAAAUAUGCCAGAAGGACAAGCAUCAACUGACAAUAACACAGCCACUCCUAAUCAACAAAAUGAAGCAAAGUUGAUGGAGAAGACCAUACCAGAUCAAAGCUUGACAGGCAACCAGUCUAUGUCUGAAUCAUCCGAAACAUUUCAGCCCGCUAACAUCAGUACACAUGUUAAUGUCAAUGAACAACAACAGCCUGUAUUCGGUGGAGCAAUAAAGGAAUGUACAAAAGAAGGCAAUCAAGAGGAAGCAAAAUCUGAGUUACCUUUAAAGAGGUUUCAGGAUUCUUUUAUUUUUAAGGGAAGUAAAACUGUUGAAAUAGGAGAAAUAAAAAUAAAUAAGUCAAUGGUUGAAAAGCUAGCAACAGGAAAUGAUGGACACCAAGAAGAUAACAAAGGAGGACAGUUACAACGUAGUGAUGCACAACAGAAUAGGCAACUCACAGAGACUAGUGACAAUCCAAAUAAUGAUACAUCAGGACUAACAAAUGAUGAUCAAAAUAAUGGUACAACAACGCAACAAAAUAAUGCAGGAAAACAACAGAGUGAAACGCCAAAAAAGGUAGAGACUGAUGGACAAGGACAUGGUGCAGAUGGGCAGCAAACUUUAAAGGUAGAUGAAAAACAAGACAAUUUAGAGAAUUUGAAUAAAGGAAAUGAUGCAAUUGGUAAUGAAGGCAGUAAUACAAAAACACCAUCAGAUAAUGAAAGUUCAGAUAGUUCAGAGAGUGGAAAUUCAGAGGAAGAAAGUAAAAGUGUUCCUACAAGCAGAAAAAGAAAAAACAAACCAAAGAACAAAAAAAUUAAAGAGAGCAAGAAGAAGGAAAGAAAAGAAGAAAGUAAAAAAAGAAAACAACAAACAAAAGAAGAAUUCCAGCAGCAAAACUCUGAUAUGGCAAAUGCUGCUUGUCCUAAAGAGACGACUGGUACUGCUGAUACGAUAGUUGACACUCAUACAAAUCAGACUGGAAAUCAGGUAAAUAAACUAGCUAAUUGGCAAGAGAUAUAA